CUUCUUAUAAAAUUGAUGGCCGGAGCACAGGCACUCAAACAUCCUGUGCUGCAGUCACAGCCAUCUCUGUCCUGCCCUGAGGCGCCUCCCCAGGAAGAUUUGCUAUUGCUAGGAGAAACUGAGGCAGAAAGGGCGAGGCUGCCGAUGUUUGUCUCGGGUCAGGAUGGAUUUCGGAAGCCCUGACCUGCUGGACAUGUGGCUGGAGCCCCCAGACAAUGUCUUCACGGGAUCCUUCCUGGAGCUGGGACUCCACUGUCCACCUCCCGAAGACCCAGUGACUAUGCUACAGGGACAGGGGCUGCAGGGCUGGGAGUCCAGUGGGACCCAUGCCUGUGGCCUUCAAGAGAGUGAGCCUGAAGAUUUCCCGAAGCUCUUCAUUGAUCCCAAUGAAGUGUACUGCUCGGAAGCAUCUCCUGGCCGGGACAGUGGAACCUCUGAGCACCCUGGUCGUCGAGACAGUCCCCCUGUCCCCAAGGCACCCAGCUCUCCUGCCCUCUAUGAAGUUGUUUAUGAGGCAGAGGCCCUGGAGAAGAUGCAGGAGGAAGCUGGGCCAGCUGUAGGGUUCAUCUCCAUUCAGCUCGAUCAGUGGAGCCCACCUUUUAUGAUGCCUGACGCCUGCAUGGUCAGCAACGUGCCCCUUGAGGCUCAUGCCCACAUCCUGCCCAGAGCAGGCACGGUAAACCCAAUGCUUCCUGCGACCCUGCUACCCUGUCAAACCUUGUUCCUGACAGAUGAGGAGAAGCAUCUGCUGGGGCAGGAAGGGGUUUCCCUGCCCGCGCACCUGCCCCUCACCAAGACAGAGGAGAGGGUCCUCAAGAAGGUCAGGAGGAAAAUCCGUAACAAGCAGUCAGCUCAGGACAGUCGGCGGAGGAAGAAAGAAUACAUCGAGGGACUAGAGAGCAAGGUGGCUGCCUGUUCUGCACAGAACCAGGAACUACAGAAAAAAAUCCAGGAGCUGGAGAGGCACAACAUGUCCCUGGUGACUCAACUCCGCCAGCUGCAGAUGCUCAUUACUCAAACUUCCAACAAAGCUGCCCAGACCAGCACUUGUGUUCUGAUCCUUCUUUUUUCCCUGGCUCUCAUCAUCCUGCCCAGUUUGAGCCCCUUUCAAGGUCUACCAGAAGCUGGAUCUGAGGAUUACCAGCCUCAUGGAGUGAUUUCCAGGAACAUCCUGAUUCACAAGGACGUAACAAAAAAUUGGGAGACCCCAGAGGUAGAGUCCAGGUUGGGGGGGCCACCUGGGGUCAAGAGUGCAAAUGGCUCAACAAGGACACUGCUUGAGAAGACGGGAGGGAAGACAGGCCCCAGUGGGCGCGUCCGAACUGUGCUACAUGCAGAUGAGAUGUGAGCCGGAGCACUUCGUAGCCCACCGCUCAGUCCCAUACGGAACCCAGGGCUCUCCGCUCUGCUUUCCCCUGGGGUUCCCACUCAGGGUUCUCUGGCCUCAGGAUUACAUCAGGAUGCCCUAGAUGUCUGUUCCCUGAGGCCCAGUCUGUCUAUGUGAGGUGGCACCACACAUACUUUUAUUAUGUAGCUGUGAUUUUAUUUCUUCUUCGGAGGUAGGGUUGAGGGAAAUAAGAGGUU